GGAGACAGUUCCCUGUCUUGGGAAAAGGAGAACUCCUGACUGAUAAGCAUUCACACCAGAUGCAGCCUCUUUCUAUUCCCUGCCCCAAUGAACAUCUGCACUAGGCCCAAGUCUUGGAGUGAUUUACCUGAAGAGUGACACCAUUUGUUUGGAAUCUACUAUGAGGAAACUGAAGUCCAGAGAGGUGAAGUGAGGUGCCCAAGGCCACACAGCAAGUUAGAGGCACAGCUAGUACCAUAGCUCAAGUCUCCUGACUCCCAGUCCAGUGCUCCUCCCAUUACUCCACGGGUCCUGUCUCUAAGCUUCCUGACAAAUGCUAGAACGGAAGAAACCCAAGACAGCUGAAAACCAGAAGGCAUCUGAGGAGAAUGAGAUUACUCAGCCGGGUGGAUCCAGCGCCAAGCCGGGCCUUCCCUGCCUGAACUUUGAAGCUGUUUUGUCUCCAGACCCAGCCCUCAUCCACUCAACACAUUCACUGACAAACUCUCACGCUCAUACCGGGUCAUCUGAUUGUGACAUCAGUUGCAAGGGGAUGACCGAGCGCAUUCACAGCAUCAACCUUCACAACUUCAGCAAUUCCGUGCUCGAGACCCUCAACGAGCAGCGCAACCGUGGCCACUUCUGUGACGUGACGGUGCGCAUCCACGGGAGCAUGCUGCGCGCACAUCGCUGCGUGCUGGCAGCCGGCAGCCCCUUCUUCCAGGACAAAUUGCUUCUGGGCUACAGCGACAUCGAGAUCCCAUCCGUGGUGUCGGUCCAGUCGGUGCAAAAGCUCAUAGACUUCAUGUACAGUGGCGUGCUGCGAGUGUCGCAGUCGGAAGCCCUGCAGAUCCUCACGGCGGCCAGCAUCCUGCAGAUCAAAACCGUCAUCGACGAAUGCACGCGCAUUGUGUCGCAGAAUGUCGGGGAUGUGUUCCCAGGGAUCCAAGACUCGGGCCAGGACACACCCCGGGGCACUCCCGAAUCAGGCACCUCGGGCCAGAGCAGCGACACUGAAUCUGGUUACCUGCAGGGCCACCCCCAGCACAGCGUGGACAGGAUCUACUCGGCGCUCUAUGCGUGUUCCAUGCAGAAUGGCAGCGGCGAGCGCUCCUUCUACAGUGGGGCCGUGGUCAGCCACCACGAGACGGCCCUCGGCCUGCCCCGGGACCAUCACAUGGAAGACCCCAGCUGGAUCACUCGCAUCCAUGAGCGCUCGCAGCAGAUGGAGCGCUACCUGUCUACCACCCCCGAGACCACACACUGCCGCAAACAACCUCGGCCUGUGCGCAUCCAGACCCUGGUAGGGAAUAUCCACAUCAAGCAGGAGAUGGAGGACGAUUAUGACUACUAUGGGCAGCAGAGGGUGCAGAUUCUGGAGCGCAACGAAUCGGAGGAGUGCACAGAAGACACCGACCAGGCCGAGGGCACCGAGAGUGAGCCCAAGGGGGAAAGUUUCGACUCGGGGGUCAGCUCCUCCAUAGGCACCGAGCCAGAUUCAGUGGAGCAGCAAUUUGGGCCUUCUGCGGCACGGGAUAGUCAGGCAGAACCUGCCCAGCCUGACCAGGCGGCAGAGGCUCCUGCUGAGGGUGGUCCCCAACAGCACCCACUAGACACAGGUGCUUCCUCCCCCGAAAGAAGCAGCGAGGUGGACAUGGAUAACACAGUGAUCACAGUCAGCAACAGCUCCGACAAAAGCGUCCUGCAGCAGCCUUCGGUCAACACAUCCAUCGGGCAGCCACUGCCAGGUACCCAGCUCUAUUUACGCCAGACAGAAACCCUCACCAGCAACCUGAGGAUGCCUCUGACCUUGACCAGCAACACACAGGUCAUUGGCACAGCCGGCAACACCUACUUACCGGCCCUCUUCACUACCCAGCCCGCGGGCAGCGGCCCCAAGCCUUUUCUCUUCAGCUUGCCACAGCCCCUGGCAGGCCAGCAGACCCAGUUUGUGACAGUGUCCCAGCCCGGCCUGUCCACCUUCACUGCACAGCUCCCAGCACCACAGCCCCUGGCCCCAUCUGCAGGUCACAGCACAGCCAGCGGGCAAGGUGAAAAAAAGCCUUAUGAGUGCACUCUCUGCAACAAGACUUUCACCGCCAAACAGAACUACGUCAAGCACAUGUUUGUACACACAGGUGAGAAGCCCCACCAAUGCAGCAUCUGUUGGCGCUCCUUCUCCUUAAAGGAUUACCUUAUCAAGCACAUGGUGACACACACGGGAGUGAGGGCCUACCAGUGUAGUAUCUGCAACAAGCGCUUCACCCAGAAGAGCUCUCUUAACGUGCACAUGCGUCUCCACCGAGGGGAGAAGUCCUACGAGUGCUACAUCUGCAAAAAGAAAUUCUCCCACAAGACCCUCCUAGAGCGACACGUGGCCCUGCACAGUGCCAGCAAUGGGACCCCUCCUGCGGGCACACCCCCUGGUGCCCGAGCUGGUCCCCCAGGGGUGGUGGCCUGCACGGAGGGGACCACUUAUGUCUGCUCCGUCUGUCCAGCAAAGUUUGACCAAAUCGAGCAGUUCAACGACCACAUGAGGAUGCAUGUGUCUGAUGGAUAAGUAGUCUCUUUCUCUUUUUUUCUUAUGAACAAAACAAAACAGCGACAAAAAAAACAAACAAACAACAACAAAAAAAAGCUA